UCAGGAUUACCACAUUCAAUAAAAUCAAGCCUGUUUUGUUUUACCCUAGGCCAGCACAUUUCAAUCUAAGCUCUAUUCGUAGGGGUUUUUCAACCAGCUACACUUCGGUAAACAGGAACGCAAGAGUCAGUGGAUCAUGGUCACCUCACAUACUUAGCAUUUUGUGUGUCAUAUCUGAUGCCUGUUCACACUUGCCUCAACCAUUGUCAAGUUCGCUAAUUUCCGUAAUAGAAGAUGGUAGCUGGUAUGCCUUCUGCAAAGAGCGAGCUGCUGUCUCGUUUGCCUGGUGCAGCAGGGCCAUGGGCUUCGGCUUUUCACCUGUUCUCAAUUCACUUUUGAAGUUACACAGUGGCAGCUAUUUCUGGCCAUCAGCUUUUCCCUUAUGGUGAAUCAGAAUUUUUCCAGCAAGCUACCAGGAUCUUUGAGAGGACAGCUUUUGCUCUUUUUGUUUGUUUGUUUUGGAAGGCUAUUGCACAAUGAGGAUUUUCAUAGCCUUUGAGGGAUCUUUUGAACCAUUCGAUGUUUCGGCAGAAGCAACGGUGGGGACUGUGAAGUUGAUGAUAAAGGAUCAUUUCCACAUUCCCAUCUCUGAAGACAAGCAAGGCGUGCGGUAUCUGGAGCUGAUGUAUGCUGGAGCCGCUCUCAAGGACAGCUGGAGCCUGGCUGACAUCGGAGUGUCUUUCUGUUCAACUCUCAAAUGCUCUGUCAAGGAAGAAGACAAACCUGCUCUCUACGUGUUCAAUGCUGUCACUCAGGAGACAAUGGCAAUCAUAGAGAGCACAUCCCUUUUUGGUAAAAAAGUGUGUGAUCUGAGAACACUGGUCACUCUGAGAUGUGGCUUCCCUGUGAGCGUCUACUGCCUCCGGACCCCAGAAGGCGUCGAGCUGUAUGACUGCAACUGCCUGGGAGACUACAGGAUCGACCUCGGCACCACACUUCGCUUGGACGUCUGGGAUGGAUGGAAGGAAUUUCUGAUGGGUUGCCUCCUGGGACAAAAAAUGAAAGUCGAGCGCUAUCUAUCAAAAGAAGGACCAGUGUUGAAAUACCAGAGAAGGGUGGUCCUGUACAUCGCCGCCCUCCACGGCUACAUGGAACUCACGGAAUGGGCCCUGAAGCAAGGCGCGCGGCCCCACGAGGCGGUCGGGGUCCACCCCUACCGAGCUUGGUGCCAGGAAGCCCUUCAUGCAGAUGUCUCUAAAUGCCCCAUUCAUGCAGCUGCAGAAGCCGGCCAGCUGUUGAUUCUGAAGGCUUUUGUCAACUGCAGCGUGCUGUGCCUGGAAUGCGCAAAUGCGGCGGGCCACACCCCCCUGACCAUCGCCUUCAAGCACAGGCACAAAGACUGCGUAUUAUAUCUGCUGAGCAAAAUGCGGUCCACGGUUUCCUUUCCGAAAAUCUCAGUCCCCAUGAAGAUUUAUAUUAAAAUCAAACAGUGGGUCCUCAGAGCUCAGAGUCGCAGCCUGCCUAGGAGCCAGCUUUGUGGAACAAGGCUGUUGGGGGCAAAAGUGGGAGACACAGUGAUGGUGGAUGGUUUCACCGAGCCGAAGAUGACCUCCAGGAGCUGGCAUCAGGCCGAGAGCAAGGACUCCCGCAGCACCUUGCACAAGCUCCCGCCUCUCCGGGAGCGCGCUCAGAGCAGGAAACCUGUCCGUUCUUGGGCAUCCUCGCAGCUGGACACGAAAGGACAACCACUCCAAUUUCCUCCACUGAUGAAUGCUAAUCUGUCCUCCGUAUUACAACACAGUCAGCAACAAAAUCAGAAAAAAGCCACAGCCAGGAAAAAAGAGAAGCUCAUUAAAAAUGCCUAUCUCCCCCAAGUGCCCCUCCCUGCGGUUUCAAGAGCUGGAUAUUCACACCCAUCAUUUUACUACGCAACUCCCAGUGCGGACUUCUUGCUAAGGAACUCCUUUGCACCCUUCGCACAGCACAGCGGCAGGACUCCAAGGGAGAACGCCAUCUACUGCUUAGCCAUGGCCAGUGCCUUUAAAGAGAAACGGUGGCUUCAGCAGUUAGGAAUAGCAAGAGUCUUGGCCAGGAAGAGCAUCUCCAACCUAACUCCCCAAGGAGGCCUGACAGCACGUGAGAAUCCUGCAGGAACACUGCUUUGAAAAGGCACAGCAACCUCAACGAGGC